GGGAAGCGGAGUGACGGAGCGAGCGGCUGUUGGAGGAAGGAGGGAAUAUGAAACAGGUGUCAAAAUGACAUCCAGAUUUGGGAAAACAUACAGUAGGAAAGGAGGAAAUGGCAGUUCAAAAUUUGAUGAAGUCUUUUCCAACAAACGGACCACCCUUAGCACAAAAUGGGGAGAGACCACAUUUAUGGCUAAAUUAGGGCAGAAGAGGCCCAAUUUUAAACCCGAUAUCCAAGAAAUUCCGAAGAAACCUAAAGUUGAAGAAGAAAAUACUGGAGAUCCUUUUGGAUUUGAUAGUGACGAUGAAUCUCUACCAGUUUCUUCCAAGAAUUUAGCCCAGGGUAAGGGUUCCUCUCACUCGGAAUCUAGUGAAGCUGCUCCUCUGGAAGAAGUCACUUCUGUACUUGAAGCUAAUAGCAAAACUAGUCAUGCGGUGGGUGAGGACAGUGUUGUGGCUGUCAAAUGCUUACCUUUGGAAGAUACUUUGUUGGGAAAAGAGAAGAGCACAAGUCGGAUCCUAGAAGAUGACACAAGCAAAAGUAGCUGUACUAAAUUAAUGACUUCAGAUAAAGUGGAGAACUUUAAUGAGGAACAGGAGAAGAAUAGUCACCAUUUUCACAGAAAUGCUGAAGACAAUACUAAGAAACCCAUUGUAGAAACCACCCUGACUCCUGGAUACAAAACUGAGGAAAUCAGGGAAACAAAUGAUACUUGGAACUCCCAGUUUGGGAAAAGGUCAGAAUCUCCAUCAGAAAUGUCUCCAAUCAAGGGAUCUGUGAGAACUGGUUUGUAUGAAUGGGAUAAUGAUUUCGAAGAUAUCAGAUCAGAAGAUUGUAUUUUAAGUUUGGAUAGUGAUCCUCUUUUGGAGGUGAAGGGCGAGGAUUUAAAAAACCGAUUGGAAAAUGUAAAUGAAGCCAUCGAGGAAGAUAUUGUACAAAGUGUUCUUAGGCCAAGCAACUGUAGGACGUACUGUAGGGCCAAUAAGGCAAAAUCCUCGCAAGGAGCAUCAACUUUUGAUAAGCUAAUGGACGGCACCAGUCAGGCCUUAGCCAAAGCAAAUAGUGAAUCAAGUAAAGAUGGCCUGAAUCAGGCAAAGAAAGGUGGUGUAAGUUGUGGGACCAGUUUUAGAGGGACGGUUGGACGGACUAGAGAUUACACUGUUUUACAUCCAUCUUGCUUGUCAGUUUGUAAUGUUACCAUACAGGAUACUAUGGAACGCAGCAUGGAUGAGUUCACUGCAUCCACUCCUGCAGAUUUGGGAGAAGCUGGCCGGCUCAGAAAAAAGGCAGAUAUUGCAACCUCCAAGACCACUACUAGAUUUCGACCUAGUAAUACUAAAUCCAAAAAGGAUGUUAAACUUGAAUUUUUUGGUUUUGAAGAUCAUGAUGAGACAGGAGGUGAUGAAGGAGGUUCUGGAAGUUCUAAUUAUAAAAUUAAAUAUUUUGGUUUUGAUGAUCUCAGCGAAAGUGAAGAUGAUGAAGAUGAAGACUGUCAAAUGGAAAGAAAGACAAGCAAAAAAAGAACUAAAACAGCUCCAUCACCCUCCCUGCAGCCUACCCCAGAAAGCAAUGAUAAUUCCCAGGACGGUCAGUCUAGUACUAACAAUGCAGAAAACUUGGAUUUUACAGAGGACUUGCCUGGUGUGCCUGAAAGUGUGAAAAAGCCCAUAAACAAACAAGGAGAUAAAUCAAAGGAAAAUACCAGAAAGAUUUUUAGUGGCCCCAAACGGUCGCCUACAAAAGCUGUAUAUAAUGCCAGACAUUGGAACCAUCCAGACUCAGAAGAACUACCUGGGCCACCAGUAGUAAAACCUCAGAAUGUCACAGUAAGUGAAGUGAGGCUGUCUUCAAAGGAACCAAAUCAAAAAGAUGAUGGAGUUUUUAAGGCUCCUGCACCACCACUCAAAGUGAUAAAAACUGUGACAAUACCUACUCAGCCCUACCAAGAUAUAGUUACUGCACUGAAAUGCAGAAAAGAAGACAAAGAACUUUAUACUGUUGUUCAGCACGUGAAGCACUUCAAUGAUGUGGUGGAAUUUGGUGAAAAUCAGGAAUUCACUGAUGACAUUGAGUACUUGUUAAGUGGCUUAAAGAGCACUCAGCCUCUAAACACACGUUGCCUUAGUGUUAUUAGCUUGGCUACUAAAUGUGCCAUGCCCAGUUUUCGAAUGCACCUGAGAGCACAUGGAAUGGUAGCAAUGGUCUUUAAAACCUUGGAUGAUUCUCAGCACCAUCAGAAUCUAUCCCUCUGUACAGCUGCCCUCAUGUACAUACUGAGUAGGGAUCGUCUGAACAUGGAUCUUGAUAGAGCUAGCCUGGAUCUCAUGAUCCGACUUUUGGAACUGGAACAAGAUGCUUCAUCAGCUAAGUUAUUGAAUGAAAAAGACAUGAACAAAAUUAAAGAAAAAAUCCGAAGACUCUGUGAAACUGUACACAACAAGCAUCUUGAUCUAGAAAAUAUAACGACUGGGCAUUUAGCUAUGGAGACAUUACUGUCCCUUACUUCCAAACGAGCAGGAGACUGGUUUAAAGAAGAACUCCGGCUUCUGGGUGGUCUGGAUCAUAUUGUUGAUAAAGUAAAAGAAUGUGUGGAUCACUUAAGUAGCGAUGGGGAUGAAGAGAAACUAGUAGCCUCGUUAUGGGGAGCAGAGAGAUGUUUACGAGUUCUAGAAAGUGUAACAGUGCAUAAUCCAGAGAAUCAGAGCUACUUGAUAGCAUAUAAAGAUUCUCAGCUCAUUAUUUCAUCAGCUAAAGCAUUACAGCAUUGUGAAGAACUGAUUCAGCAGUAUAACCGCGCUGAGAACAGCAUAUGCAUAGCUGACAGUAAGCCUCUGCCUCACCAGAAUGUGACGAACCAUGUAGGCAAAGCAGUGGAGGACUGCAUGAGGGCCAUCAUCGGGGUGUUGCUCAAUUUGACUAAUGAUAAUGAGUGGGGCAGCACCAAAACAGGAGAACAGGAUGGCCUCAUAGGCACAGCAAUGAAUUGUGUGCUUCAGGUCCCAAAGUACCUACCUCAGGAGCAGAGAUUUGAUAUUCGAGUGUUGGGCCUAGGUCUGCUGAUCAAUCUAGUGGAGUAUAGUGCCCGGAAUCGGCACUGCCUGGUCAACAUGGAAACAGCCUGUUCUUUUGAUUCCUCCUUCUGCAGUGGAGAAGGAGGCGACAGUUUGAGGAUAGCUGGACAAGUGCAUGCUGUUCAGGCGUUAGUUCAGCUAUUCCUUGAGCGAGAGCGAGCAGCCCAGUUGGCAGAGAGUAAAACAGAUGAGUUGAUCAAAGAUGCCCCCACCACUCAACAUGAUAAGAGUGGAGAGUGGCAGGAGACCAGUGGAGAAAUACAGUGGGUAUCAACUGAGAAGACUGAUGGUACAGAAGAGAAGCAUAAGAAAGAGGAGGAGGAUGAAGAACUUGACCUCAAUAAAGAUCAAUGUGACCACUGUGCGGGAGUAUCUGCCAGAAGGGGACUUCUCCAUAAUGACAGAGAUGCUCAAGAAAUUCCUGAGCUUCAUGAACCUUACGUGUGCUGUUGGAACAACAGGCCAGAAGUCUAUCUCCAGAGUGAUCGAGUAUUUGGAACAUUGCUAGCUGCUUUACCAUUGCUUCAGGUGCUCGGUGACGCUGGAGCUGUCCUUAGAGAAAUCCGGGAAGAUAGACCGAGAACAGCCAUCAGUACCGUUCGUGUUUGGAUUCUUAAGACCACCUGAUUUCUUCGUCAUGCAUUCUGCAUCUGCUAAAUGACAGUUACUACAUCAAUCUGCAGCUAUCAAAAAUGAGGGAAAAGGUUCAGGCUGUUAACAAUUCCACGCAGUAUUUAAAUACACUUAACUUUGGCAGAGUUUAUGCCCUCCCCUUAUUUUCUUGCUGUCUUCGGGGCAAGUGUUCAGGGGAAAAUUUGUGCUGCUGUUAGUGCGACUGCUGUGUACUUUGAGCCACUGUCGUCAUGCCAGCCAGGUGCAAAGGCAGCUUAGCGACUGAGGUGUCGAAGGUUCUGAGGACAUUCUAGACAACAGCUCAGUUCCUUUUUCAGGCUCAUUUGCUUUUGCUUUUUGUUGAAUGAUUCCAAUCGUAAAUAAAGCUUUUAAUAAUUUUGUGAAUUUUUUUUGUUGUUGUUCCCUGAACUACUGUCUGUAUUUAAAAUUAGAUGGAAUCCAAAGACACAAGGGAUUAAUAGUAUAUUUUUUUAUUCUUGAUUAGGUUUGGGUUGUUGAGCUAUUUUUCACUUUUGAGACCAUGACCAUAUUCAAUAUCAUGCCAUAAUGUGUCAUAGCUAUAGAUAACAAGAAAACAAGUAACAGUUUGAGGGAAUAUUAUAUAAAAUGAUGUGCCCUGUUAAAGGAUUAAGCAAAAUAGACAAACCCAGGGUAGUUUACACUUAACGCUAGGGAGGCUCUUGAAACAUUAUUAUGUUUUGAGGGAGGGUCUCUAGAUAUCUUUUGUAAUGUUCAGUUCAAUAAAUACAAGGAAGCUAAAACACCAAUGUGGAAUUCAUGUUUCCAGAUAACCUGUAUGUUCUUGUUACAGAGUGACAGGAUCAAUUGUGUAAGCGCAAAGCCUUAAAUUGCUGGUUUAGAGAAGACCCUUUUAUUUUGCUUUGUUUUUUAAAUUUAGAUUUCUUUUUCAUAGAACAAUUGUUUGGAAAACCGGUAUGGAACACAGAAACCACCUUUUAUAGAUUUAAUUUCAUAAUCUUGCAAGUUUUUCUUACUAAUUAUUGUUUAGACCACUGACAGUAACUUUUUUCUUUUUAAUUGGUUUGGGCCUGAAUACAGGCUUUCCAGAGGUCUGUCUCAUUAAUAGUUUUAAAUACCUUUCAGAUAGUUACAUCAUGUUUCUUCAUUGGAUUUGUAAAACUUGAAGCCAUAAAACUAUUGAGUUUGGUGUGUAUUGAGGAAAAUAGCUAGAAGUCUAAUAAGGUUACCUGUUUAGACUUUGUUAUUUCCUUGUAUAAAGUGACAAAUCGGGGCUCUUGUAUCAGUGCCAGCUGUAAUGUUUUUUAAUGCAGUGGCUGCCUUCUAUUGUCUUCCUAUUUUUGAUAAUGCAGAUUGUUGGGAAAUCUAUGAGGAAGUAACUGAUUGCAGGCAAAAUUGUUUUCUUCUCCCUACUCCCGACCCCGACCCCGACCCCGACCCCGACCCCUCCCCAUCACUCUCUGAGAACGCAGUGUACCAGUGUAACGUGGAAAGAUGGAGACUGUUGCCCUGAGUGUGAGAGCGAGCUGAGCAAGCUGUUUAAAAAGCAGAUCCGGACUGAUCUCCGUAGAGUUCAAUUAGCUAGGUAGAUUUUGUUUAAGUAUUUUAAAAUAUGUUCAUAUUUAUUAAUCGAUGGAUCUGGGAAAAGGAGCUGAUUUUUGGUCCAGCUGACUUGUGGCAGACGGUAAGGAGUACUAGGACAUUUGGGUGAGAACAGUCAGGGCGAACUGCAUUUCUCUGUUACACUGGUAAGCAUUUGAGAAUUGAUUUACCUCAGUGUUUAACAGUUUUUGUUUUGUUUUUUAAAUAAUAACUAAUUGUCAAGCACUGAUAGAGAUGCAGGUUUGGGGGGCGGGGCGGGGGGAGUUGUCUCCUCACCAGCUGCAGUGCAUUUGUGUGUUUUUAACCCUCAGAGGACUCUGCAUUUUAGGGUACUUGAGGCUGACUUGCAGAUUAACUAAAGUUUUAAAGUAACCUUUUUUUCCACUGUAAAUAACUCUGUAAAUACUGCCAAUUGGAAAUUAGAACAGUAGAGUACUUUUCUGAAUCCAAUCCUAUUUUUAUUUUAUACAGUAUUUCUCAGCUGUGAUCUUUGGAGCAAAAGCCAACGGCAGGAAAAAAUAGUUUGUACCAGUUUCAUGAAGUAUGUCUUUGGGUUUUUGUAAAUAAUUUUAACUCGAAUAAAAUUGCUACUUUCAAUACA